CAGGACCCAGCUCCGCGCAUGCUCGUCGUCAGCUGCUGUGGCAGUACACACGUGCUUACAGCCAGCCGCGGCGCUUGCGCUGUAGCGGCCUGGAGUGGGUGCACGUAGGACGUUUCUCGCACCUUGACUCCUGCCCUCCGUGAGCCUGUUUGUGCUUAGUGUCUGUGCACACGCCUUGCAAGCGACGGCGCCAUGAGUCUGUCUUCCAACGUACGAGCUAAAAUUGAACACCACCUGUGUUAACAGUAACAUUACCAGGCACACCCUACCAAUCUGGGGAAGAGACCUAGGGAGGGAAAGAUUUAAACACAGCCCCCCUCCCCCUCUCCUGAGAAGAAAAGAACAUUCUGAUUCUGUGGCAGUUGACUUUGGGCAAAAGAGGACUGUUUUGGACAGAAAAGAGCUAAAGGAACAGAAACAGGUCCACUCCAUACUGGGAAUAGACAACUCUUCUCUGAGGCUGAGGCUAACCAGACUAUGCAGAGCUUUCUUCUCUCCAACCUUCUGUGGAAUUGGGUUGAAUGGAUCGCAGCAGUUACUAUUGCUGCUGGUACAGCUGCGAUUGGUUAUCUAGCUUACAAAAGAUUUUAUGUUAAAGAUCAUCGCAACAAAUCUAUGGUAAACCUUCACAUCCAGAAAGACAACCCCAAGAUAGUACAUGCUUUUGACAUGGAGGAUUUGGGAGAUAAAGCUGUGUACUGCCGUUGUUGGAGGUCCAAAAAGUUCCCACUCUGUGAUGGAUCUCACACAAAACACAAUGAAGAGACUGGAGACAACGUGGGACCUCUGAUCAUUAAGAAAAAGGAAACUUAAAUUAACAGUUUGCUGCUGCAAACCAACUAGUCAUGAUGUUACCUGAUUGUUUAACUAGAAUGACUACCACUUCUGUCUAAUUCACUUGCCCUGGGUUCUAGAUGUGGUAUGAUGCAAACUGCAGCUUUCAUAUUCACGGCAUUUGCCUUACCUGUUGAACCAUCGUGGUGCACAUUUGUUUAAACAAAAAAAGGAAAAAGUUAAAACCAACCUUAUGGCCUGUGGGUUAUUUUGGUCUUGUAAGGAUCCGUUUCUUUACAUUUAAAAUAAUUAUAUGAGAAUAUAGUUGAAUUUUGAAGUUAACACAUUAAAUUAUUCUCAAAAUCAUGUAUAUGUAGAUUAUACUUUCAAAGAAAAAUUGUCACCUUUUAAUAUUACUUAGUUAACCUAGAAAGUAAAUUGGGUGUGAUUAAGCUAUAUUAAUCUCUUAAUAUAGGCAAAACCUGUUAUGACCUUGAUUCUCUUCUUGACAAACAGGUAAUGAAGAGCUUUAUGUUUUCAUGGUUUUUAAACAAAAUGAACUUUGAAUGUUAUUCUGCUUAAUUAUAAGUGGGCCAGGUCUAAAAUAAAAGGGCACAGUAACUUCUUUA